AUGGAGAUCGCAACGCCACCAGUACCCAUCCACGAGGGCGCCACCGACAAGCCCCGAAAUGUCGACACGGACCUGAUAUUUUGGAAACGUCCCGCGGACCUGUGCCUCGUCUCCGACUUUACCAAAGUCAGCCCGGAAGAGGGCAUGGCUGCGAUGAAGCGUCUCGAGGAAGAGCACCGCAUUCAAGUUCACGACGUCCGCGGCCACGAGUCGGAUUUCUCCCUGCAGCAGAACGGCUUCCAGUAUGUCUGGCACGAGAUACCCGAGCUCGGCGGUGCGGCGGAUGAAGAGCAGGUGCAGCAGUUUAUUAUUCCCCAAACGGAGCAAAUGGUUAAGAAACUAACCGGCGCAUCGCGCAUGAAAACCUUCAAGCACCGCGUCCGCUGUCUGGCCAGCGACCCAGCCACGCUCGCCGAUAACCGCGCCCCAGCCCACAGCGUGCACUCGGACUUCACGGUUGCCGGCGCGCUACGCAACCUCAGCACCACGAUCCCCGACUCCGAAGAGCGCGAGCAGCUCCUCUCCAAGCGGGUGAUGAUCAUCAACAUCUGGCGACCCUUGAAGACCGUCACCAGAGACCCGCUGGCAGUCUGUGACUGGGGAACCCUAAAUCAUAAGAAGGACGGCAUUGCCAACCGGCUCGUUCUGCCAGGGGGUGGAAUGAAUUGGGGAAGUAUGCUUUCAAUGAGUCCCAGCAGUGGUAUUAUCUGA